CCAGAACCUAGUUCAGAUAAUCCCUAUGUCCAAGCUCAGACUGAACAGGAAUUGCAACCCUCAGCAACUAAGGAGAAAAUCUCUAUUCCACCAACAAAGAUGGCUAACGAAAAAAGAAAUUCUCCAAACCAAGAUUAUACCACAGAGAAAAUAGAGGACAACAACUCAAAUCUAGUACAAAAGACAAACACCUCAUCUCCUGAUUCAAAACUUUCUGAACCAGAAGGCAAAACUAUAACAACAGAUACACAGAAAAACAAAAAAAGGAAGAAUAAGAAAGGAACACACGAGAAUGAUAUA